GUUGAAUGUUUGAAUUCUGGUUUGAUGGUCAUCGGAGAUUUACCGGCGAAUUUCUCGUAUUUAUUUCAUAUGUAUACCUUUUAGCUGCUCCGAUUAUUCGUGGGAUCUGACGAGACUGAUCUGUGCGUGUUAAAUUUGUAAGUGAAUCGGUAAACUCGCGAAAAGACGUCAAGUCAAGACGUCGAGUUUGUAGUGACAACACAAACUUUGUCUUCAAAAUUGUGAUAGAGCUCAUCUAUGCACUGUGUGCAUGACAUUUUUACACUUUGCGAAGAAAACUCGGCUCAAUCUGUAUAGAUUAGACGAAACAUGGCAGAGGAACAGCAGCAGCGUCGGCCGACAGAAGGAUCAGCUGAAGGCGGACCGGGAAUGGCAUACAUGCCGUUUGUUGUGAUGGAAGACUUGCUUGAUAAACUAAAAUUAUUGAAUUAUGAAGAGGAAUUCCUCAGAGGCGUUGGUUUCAAACCAUUGUCAAGACAUUAUUUUGCUAUACAAACCAACCCUGGCGAACAGUUCUAUAUGUUUACAUCAUUGUCAUCUUGGUUAAUUAAUUUAUCUGGAAAACAAUUUGAUCCACCACAGGAGUAUGAUGAUCCCAAUGCUACUAUUUCUAAUAUCCUUACUGAAGUACGUCAACUCGGAGCCACAGUAGAUUUCCCUCCUUCCAAAUUAAAGUCUGGAUAUGGAGAACAUGUCAUCUAUGUACUUGACAAGUUUGCUGAUGAAACUCUUAGGCAGACAAAUUUUAAAUGGAAUAGACCUGAAUAUCCGGAAGAAGAAAUGGAAGAGGAAUCAACCAUGGAUGAUGAUGCUGAGUUAACUCUGAAUAAAGUAGAAGAAGAGAUGGCUGAAGAUUAUGAAGAUGUUGAAGAUGAAGAAAGUUUCUUGGAUUUAGAAGGGCUGAAAAACUUGAAAAAUAAGACAAUAAGUAGUGAAUCAAGCAAACCGCAAGAAAUUAUGGAAUCUACCACAGAUGCCAUUGACUGGAAACUAGAGGUGGAACGUGUUAUGCCAUCUUUGAAAGUAAUGAUACGCACCGAUAAUAAAGACUGGCGUACUCAUGUAGAUCAAAUGCAUCAGCAUAGAGAUGGUAUUGAACAGUCACUAUCACAAACUAAGGGACAUCUCGACAAAUUACACAGUGAGAUUUCAAGGACAUUAGAGAAGAUAAAUAGUCGUGAAAAAUAUAUCAAUAAUCAGCUAGAGCAUCUAUUAGGAGAAUUUCGGCAUAUGCAGGACAACUCAGCAGAGAUGAAAGAACAAUAUCGGCAGGCCAGUGGUGGCGUAACAGAACGUAGUAGGACAUUAGCUGAGAUAUCUGAAGAAUUGGAGAAAUGUAAACAGGAAAUGGAGGAAAGAGGAUCCAGUAUGACUGAUGGAGCUCCACUGGUGAAAAUUAAACAAGCUUUACAAAGACUGAAAAAUGAGGUAGUACAGAUGGAUGUACGCAUUGGAACAUUAGAACACUCGUUACUACAGGCUAAGCUUAAAGAUAAAAGUAACAUGCAGCGGGAUAUGAACAAAGCUAUGUCAGCCACUGAUACUUAUAAUGAUUAUGUUUAAUAAAUCUAAAGGCAUAAGGUGUUUAUCAUCAGUUUGUUCAUUGUUUAAUCCAUGUAAUAAAAAAUACAAGUAUGUUAUGAUGACUAAUUAGUAAACACACUCUGUGUCAUGUAACAUGGCAUGUAUUUAUAAUUUUAUAUUCCAGUUAUGUAGGUACUGUUCGCAUACUAGUAUAUGUAAAAUAACAAUCUAACAUUUUUAUUUAUUAUCACAUGGAUUAUAAAAAAUAAGAACAAAUUGACAGAUUUGUGUUUUCUGCUGAUCAUGGUGCAGUCCAGCAACAGAAAACAAUAGAUUCAAACUGCUAGGGUAAAAGUAGUUGUCUUAUUCACAUGAUAGUAGGGUGAAAACUUAGAUUAAUGUACAUUUCAUUUAUUCCAAAUUCAAGUUUCUAGCCCCAAAUUUUGUAUACACACUUUAAAAACUGAAAUUUUCUUGGAAUUUGAUGGUAUCUCUCUGUAAAAAUCUUCAACUAUCGCUUGACAGUUGAUGUUAAUGUCUACAAUACAAUUUUUAGUUUAGAACUAUACUUUAUAUGAAUAAGACAUUACAGUGAAAGCCACAAAGCUGGGCUUUGCUUAAAAAUGUAUUUAGAAAAAUUUGCAAAUACCGAUCACGAUCUUUCAUUCAAAUUUGAAUCUGUAAGAGUGAUUGCCCUGAGAGCUAAACAUUUUCUAUAACUAUAAUGCACACAUAACCAUUUAUGUGACAUAACAAUUGACCAUUUUCCGUUCACUGCGAGAAUCACGCGUUAUGCGUGAAAUCGAACGUAAAAACAGGACAAACAAAGGUCAUAGCGUCAUAGUGGCGUCAAACGUCGCGUGAGAUUCGACAAACGCGAAAGUAUUUUGGGGGACAUUUCCAUGUCAAUAAUGUGCUGUACACAUUUGAUGAUGGGCAAUUUCGAUUAAGUGAGGAUAUUCGAAUGCAAUAUUCCUCUGUCGAAGAUCGGCCGGUCGAUGUGAGCUACAAAAUAAAGAAAUUCGAGUUGAAAAUCAAAUCGUUCGAUUUUUGCGGCAGACGUUCGACUCGCGUCUUUCAUGCAUCUCGCGAGAUCUCGCAGUAGUACGGAAAAUCACCUAUUGUUACUGCAAAUUUAUUAUUGACACUUGCUAAUUUGAUAAUGUUGAGCAAACUCAUUCAUAUUAAUUAGAACUAAUAACAAUGUCUCACUCCCAUUUCUGGAUUAGUCAAUUUGAAUUCUAGUAUCCAUUUUGAUUUAUAAAAAAAUGUAUAAAAUGUUAAUAACUACUUCAGCUUUCUGUACUUCACUAUAAUCCACUUCAAUAGUCAAUAUUUCAAGCUUCUACUGCAAAUCAGUGUACAUCCAAUAACAGUCUUUCUUUUAGGUCACAUGACUGCAGCUGACCUAUUUUCCGUCCAUUCAAAUAUCAUUUCCAUUUGGACUGUACCAUUUUGUCUGUAUCAUUGCUUGUAUUUCUCUAAAAAUUUGAUUAGAAUCUGUUUUUGUAUAUAUGAAUUGAUAAAUGUUUGAUUGAUUUCUACAUUACGUUCUUAGCAGUGACAUCAGCCCUAAUAAGAUGUAGCUACUGUAAAUAUUGUAUUCCACUGAGAUCUGUAUUGUAAUAAACUAUGUUCAUAUGGCAC